AUGGCCGAAACGAGUGGAGAUGAUGGAAUAAUAAAAGUAAAAGGUCUGAGCAGGAUGCUUUUAUGGGAGAGGGCCCUUGUCCAUGCCUUAAGCUAUGGCAUUUGUUGGCUCCGCAAACUCUCCAAUAAUGAACCUGAUUUUGGUCCACUGCACCUUUGGUUGCAUGAGAGUGAGGAAGAGAAGAUGGCUGGGCACAAGAUUGCGCACGCAACGUUGAAAGGUCCAAGUGUUGUGAAGGAGUUAGUUAUAGGUCUUGCACUAGGUCUAGCAGCUGGUGGGCUAUGGAAGAUGCACCACUGGAACGAGCAGAGGAAGACAAGAUCAUUCUAUGAUUUGCUUGAGAAGGACGAGAUUAGUGUUGUCGUUGCAGAGUAG